GGCAGAGUUGGUGCAGCUGGGGAGCCCUCGAUGCUCUUUUUAAACUCCACGGCACCAAGGAUGAAGUCACCUUUCUUCUUUUAAAACAGAACAGAUUUGGCCUGUGAGUUCCUGCUGCUUCUGUUAGAACUUAGUGUUUUUUCCACUGCCCGUCCCUGGGACCUUCUCUCAGGCUAGUGAUCUCCAGGCGUUCAUGUAUCUUGAGAUUUCACUUGAUCUGAGAGCUGUACAUAUAAGGGCCUUGCGGGAAGCAUGGACCUCAGUGAAAAAUGGACUUUGGAGGAAGGAACCUGGUUGUCCCAUGCUGGAAUCCAUCAUUUUGCCAGCAGCAGAGGGGGUACGGCCGCUUUUGAUGUCCCUGACACACGCGGUAGUGAGUUUGUGGACGCCUCUCCCGCAUCAUACAGCCCAGAGGAGUUAGGUCCUCCUGUUUGUUACAGCCCCAGUGGUCCCGGCCAGACUCUAGAAGACCCCAGCUACUUUCCCCCAGACUUCCAGCUCUACCCUGGGAGGCAUGAGGCAUCUGCUUUGACAGUGGAGACAAGUAGUACCUACGUCAGGGACCAAGUUGCUGAGGAUCCUCUUCGUAACUUCCACUCCCCAAACUUCCCAAGGCUCUCAGAGGUGGAAAUGAGAGGUUCCGAGGAUGCGGCAGCUGGAACAGUAUUGCAGCGGCUGAUCCAGGAACAACUGCGCUAUGGCACCCCGACUGAGAACAUGAACUUGCUGGCCAUUCAGCACCAGGCCACAGGGAGCGCAGGACCAGCCCACCCUACAAACAGCUUUUCUUCCACGGAAAACCUCACUCAAGAAGACCCACAAAUGGUCUACCAGUCGGCACGCCAGGAACCGCAGGGUCAGGAACACCAGGUGGACAACACGGUGAUGGAGAAACAGGUCCGGGCCACGCAGCCUCCACAGAACAAUGAGGAACUGCCCACUUACGAGGAGGCCAAAGCCCAGUCACAGUUCUUCAGGGGGCAGCAGCAGCAGCAGCCGGGGGCAGUGGGCCACGGCUACUACCUGGCUGGGGGGACCAGUCAGAAGUCCCGCACUGAGGGGAGGCCCACAGUGAAUCGGGCCAACAGCGGACAGGCACACAAGGACGAGGCGCUGAAAGAACUGAAGCAGGGCCACGUCCGCUCGCUCAGUGAGAGGAUCAUGCAGCUGUCACUGGAGAGGAACGGUGCCAAGCAACACCUCCCUGGCUCCGGGAAUGGGAAGGGCUUCAAAGCAGGAGGGGGACCCUCCCCGGCCCAGCCUGCAGGUAAAGUGCUGGACCCUCGAGGUCCUCCACCCGAGUACCCCUUCAAGACCAAGCAAAUGAUGUCCCCGGUCAGCAAGACCCAGGAACACGGACUUUUCUACAGUGACCAGCACUCGGGGAUGCUGCACGAGAUGGUCAAGCCUUACCCUGCUCCUCAGCCUGCGAGAACAGAAGUGGCUGUCCUGCGGUACCAGCCGCCCCCCGAGUACGGGGUGACAAGCCGCCCAUGCCAGCUUCCGUUCCCAGCAACGGUGCAGCCGCACAGCCCAGUGUCCUCCCAGACCUCCUCCAUCAGCGGGCCACUGCACUCUGUCUCCUUGCCGCUCCCACUCCCGAUGACACUGGCGGCCACGCAGCCCCCACCAGCCGCCUCCCCCAGCCAGCAGCUUGGGCCGGAUGCCUUUGCGAUUGUGGAGCGAGCCCAGCAAAUGGUGGAGAUACUAACCGAGGAGAACCGGGCGCUUCACCAGGAGCUUCAGGGUUAUUACGACAAUGCUGACAAGCUCCACAAGUUUGAAAAAGAACUUCAGAGAAUUUCAGAAGCCUAUGAGAGUCUGGUCAAGUCCACCACCAAGCGCGAGUCGCUGGACAAAGCAAUGAGAAACAAACUGGAAGGCGAGAUUCGGAGACUUCACGAUUUCAACAGAGACCUCCGAGAUCGACUGGAGACUGCCAACAGGCAGCUGUCCAGCAGGGCCUAUGAUGGGCAUGAAGACAAAGCUGUCGAGGGGCAUCAUUCUCCCCAGAACAAAGAAUUUUUGAAGGAAAAGGAGAAGUUAGAAAUGGAGUUAGCAGCAGUGCGGACCGCAAGUGAGGAUCAUCGGAGACACAUCGAGAUCCUGGACCAGGCUCUGAGCAACGCCCAGGCCAGGGUCAUCAAGCUGGAAGAGGAGCUACGAGAGAAGCAAGCCUACGUGGAGAAGGUGGAGAAGCUGCAGCAGGCGCUGACCCAGCUGCAGUCUGCAUGUGAGAAGCGGGAGCAGAUGGAGCGCCGGCUGCGGACCUGGCUGGAGAGGGAGCUGGACGCCCUGAGAGCCCAGCAGAAACACGGAAAUGGCCAGGCAGCCAGCAUGCCAGAGUACAACGCCCCAGCCCUCAUGGAGCUGGUGAGGGAGAAGGAGGAGCGGAUCCUGGCCCUGGAGGCCGACAUGACCAAGUGGGAGCAGAAAUAUCUGGAGGAAAGCACCAUUCGCCACUUCGCCAUGAACGCCGCGGCCACCGCUGCUGCCGAGAGGGACACCACGAUCAUCACCCACUCUCGGAAUGGCAGCUACGGGGAAAGCUCGCUGGAGGCCCACAUCUGGCAGGAGGAGGAGGAGGUGGCACAGGCCAACAGACGGUGCCAGGACAUGGAGUACACUAUUAAAAAUCUACACGCCAAAAUCAUAGAGAAGGAUGCCAUGAUCAAAGUCCUUCAGCAGCGAGCCCGGAAGGAUGCCGGGAAGGCCGACGCCUCAAGCCUGCGGCCUGCCCGCUCCGUCCCGUCCAUCACCGCGGCCACGGGGACGCACUCGCGCCAGACCUCUCUCACCAGCAGCCAGCUGGCCGAGGAGAGGAAGGAGGAGAAGACAUGGAAGGGGAGCAUUGGGCUGCUGCUGGGGAAGGAGCACCACGACCACGCCUCUGCACCCGUGCUGCCCCCACCACCCGGCUCAGCACUGUCCCCCGCAGCCUCCACCACAGCGGCCAGCAGUGCCCACGCCAAGACAGGCAGCAAGGACGGCAGCACACAGACAGACAAGGGCGCUGAGCUCUUCUGGCCCAGCGUGGCCUCUCUGCCCACCCGAGGCCGGCUGAGCACGACCCCUUCCAACAGCCCUGUCCUGAAACACCCAGCAGCCAAGGGGACCGCAGAGAAACUGGAGAACUCUCCCGGCCAUGGAAAGUCACCUGACCACAGAGGCCGCGUCAGCAGCUUGCUGCCCAAGCCUGAGUUCCCUGACGGAGAGAUGAUGGAAGUUCUCAUCUAACCUGCUGUCCCUGGGGAAUUCCACAGCAGAACAUUGAUGAAAGAGCAAAGUGGCAGAGACCGGGAAAGAAAGAUCAAGAAGGUUGUGGACGAGAAAUCAGGAACGGUUUGAAAUGAUAAAGAUUUCAGAUUAGUGAGAACACUUUUUACAGAGACCUACGUGACUGAAGACAGAAGGGAACUCUCUGGAUUUUUCUUACAUGAGGUGGAAGGGAGAAGAAAUAAGACGCGCAUGUAGGUUUGGAAACAAAGUUAAGAAGAAAUAGCAAAUGGAAUUUUUCAUUGUACAGAAAGUGUAUCCUUUGGGGGAGGUUCUGUGUACCCCCAUGCUCUGGUUAUAAACAGAUAAAUCCAACAGGGACCUUCUUGGAAUACCCCCUUCUCUUUACCUCUUAGCAUGUUUGCUUUAAGAAGAACCUCCUAGAAAUCUUUAGAGCCCAUCUUGGCAUAAUGCAAUAUAACCUGCGCCAUCCGUGGGGUGUCGUGUAGGGGUGUGUGUGUGGCAGCAAGAAGAAACGUCCAUUGGCAAUGGGAAAUUUGAAAGGUGGUUUUCACCUAAUUUGCUGUUUUGGUUUUCAGGAGAUUAUGGGGCUUCUCGGCUUUUCUGGAUUCUGCAUUACUUUCUAAACAGGAUGGAGGUGUUAGGAUCUUUGUCCUAAUCCUCCCUAAUUUCUGAGUUUAUCUCUGUUCUCGUUUAUGUGCUUAAAUUUUCUUUUUUUCCUUCUAUUUAUUUCUUUUUAUAGGCAUGGCAGUAUUCCUCAGGUGUGGGAUGUAUUAAGGCGAUGUCUGAGCGGUCAGCGUUCUUGCUGUGUUGAAUAGCGCCCAGUAGAACAAAGCGCCCUCUGGCUUCCUGGCUACUUCUGCCUUUGCGUGGUCAGGCCACAGCUGUUCAUCUUAUUCUGACUGUGAACCCAGCAGGCUUUGAGGAGGCAGAAGAUUCCAUGGGUCACUGUGCCAUCUUGCAUUAAGAUCAUGGCACUGGCUUUUUUCUGUCUCACAUCAGCUCUCUAUCAAGGAGCUUGAUGUUUCCAGCCCGUUGCUCUGUUUAGGAAGAUUUUCAGGACAGCACUCCAGGAACAUGACAGUUUACAGAACAGUUGCCUUAUGGCAUCCAGCACUUGCCCAGCACCCGUGUACCACAUUCUUGUAUUUGCAGCUCACCAGCACAUCAGCUGCUCUCCCUCCUCUGUUUUCUCCAAGGUGGGGGAGAUUCUUUAUUCUACCAUUGGUGAGCAGACUCAAGUGACACCAAUGUAUGUCUGGUCGUGAAUUUGCUUUGUAACCUGACGGGCCAGUAUAAAUACAAUAGUUGGGUUUUUCAAGAUUUCAGUUUUGAAGCAACUUGUACAAGGCGAGGCAGAAGCGCCCUGGAGAAUAGCUGGGAGCGAGUCAGGGAGUGCGCCUCUGUGCCUGUGCUGUGACAUUUCACAUACAAGGCGUUGGCUUCCUUUACACUUCUAGGCAGUGCUAGGUCAGAAGAGAAAAGCCGAUGAGAUGGGCAGAUCGACGCUCCUCCAGGCCCCGAUGUUUCUCCCACCAGCUCAGCUAGAUCUCUUUUUCCUUUGCUCUUGCUUUCUUAGAAGAAGGAAAAAGAAGCCCUGGGUCUAAGACUUGAUCUCCAGUCCUCCUAGUGAGAUGCUGAGGACAGCGCCCCUGGGGGGGUCUUUGCCUGCGUAGCUUAUUUUGGGACUGGUCUUUGGAGUGGAACCUGGGCAAACUUGCAGCCUCCCCAGGUUGAAGUGGUAGAGGAAGGACAAAAGUGGGCAGUUGAAGAAGGCUGGAGGAAGGAGGACGAAACUGAUGGCUGGAGCCAGGCGGGCCUCUGAGCCGUCUGCGCUGGCAGAGCGAGCAGGACCGACCGUCUCAGGCUCUGUGCUCUGCGCCGCUGCCUCUGUCUCAUGUCCCAUGUCAGAGUACAAGCCGCUCAGACAGAAACAGAGGCAGCUGCAACAGGCUGAGCUCUGGGUUUGCCCCAUGCCCUGGAGUGUGGGAAGAGGGCACAGGAGGUCUCGCCAGUGAGGAGGGCUGAGAGUGGAUGUGGAAGGGGAGAGGGCAGAGGGGGUCCAUUCCACCCUCUCCUCCCCAUCACUUACUGUGGGGACAAGGCUCAAGCGAUGGCAACCAAGGACAUUUUCAACCCAGUUUAUGUUGGGAAUGAACCUAAAGAGAAAGUGUUGAGAGACAGAAAUGUAAGUCAAGUCUGCCACCCCCACCACAACAUCUGGGCCAUCCCAAACUGGGCCUGUCUCCCCAGACGUGGGUAAGAACAAGAGCCCAAGCCAGUUUCUCCUGAGGCCUGCUCCUCGUGCCCCAGAUGCCUGCUGGGCACUCUCAGGCGCAUGCUUGCUUAUUCUUCUCGGCCCCUCUGAGCUGCCGUAUGUUGUAAUUGUCACAAUACAAAUGGACAUUUUUCAGGACUGCAGUUAAAUUGUGCUCUGGCCUUUUGUCAAUUUCUUUUCUCCUAACCUACCAAGACCCUUCAUUGAGAAAGAGAUAUAUAGUUUUAAAGUCUUCUCUUACAGGAGAUUUCCUGCCACGCCAGGGCCCUCUGGUAAUGACCAGAGCUUCCCUGAAGCCCAGCUUGUAUACAGGAGGAAGGCAGGCAUAUACUGACUGCCCGCUCUGAGUUCUGGGCCAUUCACAAUACCUUAUCACACUUGACUUUCAGAAAACUAAUGCUAGCUAUAUUUCCUAGUGCCAACUGUAUACAAGCCCUGUGGUAAAUACCGUUUCAUUAGUCCUCUUGGGUCGCGGGGUGGGACAAGUGUAUUACCCUGAUUUCACUGAUGAAGCUGGGGUAAGGGGGGUUGAAUCCCUUCCUGAAGUUUCACACCCAGGAGGAACUAGGAGUUAAUACGAGGGCUUGGAAGAGGGGCCCCUGACGUGAGGUACCAUGUCCUGGCCCUCUCUGAUGCCCUCUAUGAAGUGUGCACACACGCACAGAGCUGUCACACCUCUCAGGGCCUGGAAAAUAGACUAAUCCCAGAACUCAUAGAAUUGCCUAGAAACACCGGCCCAGAGGGAAAUUGUGGUGUCCUACUGCAAAAUAUACCUAAAGAAUGCCUCUGAAUUGUCCGGUGGCCUAGACCUCUUCAGACCUUCCCAGUAGAUUCUGAUUGUAGCACUUGAGGGUCUUGUCUCAGGGUGAAAGGUAAAGGCUUUAGUCCUGCGUGAAGGGAUGCUGGAGAAUCCCUGAGCAUGUCGUCUGCCAGCGUCUGUGUGCCGCCUGGCUGGUACAUGGAAUUGUAGAAAUGGGAAUCUAGUCUGAUGCUAGAGUUUCACUAAAUAGAUGGUUCUGUACAGAAGAGCUACUACUGUCUGCAGGUCUAUAUAACUAAGCUGUCGGGAAAAACACAUUACUUUGCAAAAAUCUCAGAGUGUGUGUGUAACACUUCCUUCACAUUUUUCUUCUUUUUUUUUUUUUUUAAAGAUUUCUACGCAGCAUUUUUCUUAUUUCAAUGAAUGUUGUUUUCUGCUUCCCAGAGGCUGGCAGCCAGUGACAGUGUGGAGUUGAGCAUAUUCUAACCACACAUGCAGGCACAGCCCUCCCCGGGCUUCGGCUGGGGGGCCAGGGAGUGAUGGGGCCCUUCUUGCUUCAGUCCCGCGUGGGUUGCUCUUGGGAACUCAUGUAGGGGCUUGACUCCACCAGGCUUGCAGUAGAUACUGAGAUAGUUGCACCAAAUAAAUUCUGAACUUGGAACAGAAAAUUCACUAGUUCUCUUGCUCAGGGACGAGGUGUUCAGAAUGUUCCUUACACCUCUGCCAUCUCAACUCUCUUAAGCAGCCAUCACUCCUGCCUGUUCACCUGGGUUUGCAUCCACCUUCAUGCCAAGUGCUGAUAGAAUGGGAAAUCCUCCCUCUCUUGCAGCCUCUUAGUCCGAGAGCACAGACUCAAGGGAGGCUAGGGGCCCAGAGGCAAAUGAAGAAGACAUUUGGGGGUAAAAAGGUUUAGAAGCAGAUGGAAACUGCUGAGCAAAGAGAAGUGUUUUCUGAAGCCAAAGUCUUACACCAUGUCCACACUGGGGCAAGUGGAAAGUGUUUCUAGGUAUUCUCAGAAUGAUUUUGCACCUUCUGAAGGAAAGGUCUACCUUGUUCCUAGUAAGCAGGAUCCAAUAAAUGUUCUUAAAUGGGAAAGGCUUUAAGUAGCCAGUAGCCAGCUCACCAAUAGCAUCUCCACAUCCCAAAACCUGAGGCUGCCAUGGUAAGUGCUUUAUAAAAUGUUGGUUUUCUUUUCUUUUUUCUUUGUUAUUUAAGUAUUAUAUUUAAAAUGUCUUCAUUCAGCAUGAGCAUUGCUUAAUGGGUUUGCUUCUGAAGUGUGGCUCCAUGGGAGAUGGCCAGAGUAAUUAAGAAGUUAGCAGAAACCGGUCAGCUGGGAGCACCCACAGCUUAGCAUUUCAGUAAGUGACUUUCUUCUGGAAUGAAUGAGCUAUUUUUUUCUCUUUCUUUUAGUUAGAAUACCUUUUUCCCAUUUCAUAAAUUAAUGGUAUAUAAAGUCGUGUGUAUGUGUAAGUGCACAUAUGUGAGGUGUGACUUAGAGGGUCAUGUGUGGGAUUUCUUUUCUUAAUAUCCAGAAGAUCCCCGUGUUUCAUCCCACUUCACCUUCCUUCAGUGUAUCCCUUUGGGACAUUAUAUAUUGAUUGACAGAAGGGCUGCCCAAGGAAAAAUAUUUUGGGAACUCCUUUGUUAGAAUGGCCUUCAGGCCCCGCACGUUCCGUUGAUUCUUCUUUUUUUCAUCCGUUGAGGAUGGAUUUAAGUUCUGGAAAUAAUCUUAAGUCCUUUUAUAGCACAGUUUGAAGAAUAAAGAUGGCAAUUAAGGUAAGUUCCAUCAUUUUGUGUUCCUAAAAAACAAAUUCCUAAGAGGUUUCUGGGAACGAGUCUUUGGAUUCAGAACCUCUGCCAGUGACCACUCGUUCGUUUGUGCAUGUGACUCCUAGUGGCUUUGUUUUCAAAGCUCUCCUCUCUGGCCAUGCCUCGUGUGCACGCACACCCCUGCGUACACUACAGACAUAGGUGCACAUUCAUCCAUGUGAGCAUCUGCUGGGAAUUCUGUGAAACUGUUCUCUUGCGGUGCGUGUCGUUGUCACGUCAUGCUGUGACUGAGGUGUUUCUUUGCCAUGAAACUUGGCAUCUUCACAGAACUGCGACCCUGGUCUCUGUAUAAUGAUGUGCGUAUACCGCAUUUUCUUCUAGUAGCUCCUGAAGCUUCGACGCCCAGUGUUGUGUUUACAUGUGAUUCUGCCUAGGAUUCUGUUCACACAUAGACAUCUGUAAGUAUUUAUUACAAAACAGAAAGUAAGCAAAUGCAUCCACAGCGUGGUUCUGUUUGAAUCAAGGUGUUUUCCCCUUUUGAGGAGGGACAGGGAGCUGCCUCCUCAGUGAGGCACUUACAGAAUCGGUGUACAACUCUGUGAAAUGAGGGCAAGCGUGGGCCUCUGAUUUCAGCCGAAACUCAACAGCUACUCUGUCCAGCUGCUUGGCACUGCCCCCUCGCCUGCUCUGUGUCUGUGCUGGUCACUGUGCUUGGUGGCAGUGUGCAGUGUGCUGUGUCCUUCCAAGCCGACUCCGGGACCUGGGUGUAACAUUUUGGCGUCUCCGUGUUGCCGGCUGUACUGAGGGGUGGUGUACAGAGCUGUACAGCCAGAUGGGUCUGUGUACAGAGUGGGGGAAUUCAAGAACACGGCGUGUCCCCCGCAGCAGAUAGGGAUGCUGUUGGUCAGCCAAAGAUUUUCCUAUUCUUUGCUGCUUAAACUUGUGCCUUAAUAUUGUAUAUAAUAAAUGGAUAAAAUGGUAAAA